AUGGUAAGCGGGGCAAUCUUUACACCAAAGCAGAGUAUCGCACUUCUCCAAUUAUACGAAGGCGAGAUCUCGCGAGCGUUUGCCCAUUUGUUUUUGGAUCCGAAUAAGGCGGGAAGUUUCGAGGAACUCUUGCCGGUCGGAACAAUCAGCGAAAUGUGCACAGAGUUUCAGAAUCCAAGCGAAUUUGGGAAGGAAUUAUUCAAACGGUUGAAUGAUUUUAUGAAAUAUAUUGAUGCUAAGCAAACAUUAGAAUAUCUCGAAUCAUUUCCGAGAUAUUUUAAUAUUGUCAAAAUUUUGAAAAGGGAAAUCAACGGAGAUGAGCAAAUUGUCAAAAAACUUAUCCUCCGCUACAUUCCCCAAUUGGGUCCUGCCACAAUUUAUCAUUUGCUAAUGUCGAUUUAUAAAUUUCCUACUGAAGGCAAUUUCGCCGAGGCUAGAAAAUUUGUGGAGAGAAUUGUGCCAAAUUUCGAAAGAAAAUUUGAACUUAUUACCGAGGAUUUGCUUCAUCCCAACGGUCGAAUAUACGUUUGCCCGCUGACUUCAUCAGCAACCGAAUUUAUGAGCCAGAUCGGGACGCCGGCAAUUAACGCAAAUUCAAGAUUCCGAACUAUUGACAUUUCUUGGGAUCCACUUCCAGAAUCAAACUUCGAGAGAAUGAUUGUCCAUUCUGCGCAAAGACGCCUACACGCGGAAAACCCGAUUUGUUUGCGAUCCUACCAGAAAGAAUUGUGUCGAAAUGCUCUAGAAGGUAAAAACACCAUCAUCGCUGCACCAACGGGCUCUGGAAAAACAGUGAUUGCGGCGAAUAUCUUGAAAAAUCAUUUUCUCGAUUUGGAAAGGCAGGGAAAAAAGGGAAAGGCUUUAUUCAUGACUCCGACAAAUGUGCUCCUCGAGCAGCAAGCCAACAGCUUAUCAUCAUUUCUAAAUCAUCUCUAUCAAGUCUCGAUUGUUCAGGGAAGCGAUGAUACACCGGUUCGUGGUCGAAUCAUGUCAACGGAUUUGGUGGUGGCGACUCCACAGAUGAUUGUGAAUCUGUGCAAUGAGCACAAUGAUACACUCAGCGAUGAUAUCGUAUUAGAGCCGUUCUACCUCUCAACAUUCACGAUCAUCGUGUUCGAUGAAUGCCAUUCAGCGCAGAAGAACUCGCCGUAUUCAAAUAUUAUGAAGAUUUAUCAUCGUUUGAAGAAUACUAAACAAAUGCCGGAAGGUCAUCGACUUCCGCAAAUUAUCGGCUUGACGGCUUCUCUUGGAGUUGGAGGCGCGAAAAACAAAAUUUCGGCUUGCGAGCAUAUCAUCGAUAUUUGUGCCAAUAUGGAUUGCCCGACUAUAAGUGUUGUCCACGAGAAUAAGGACGAGCUUUUGCGAUUUUCGCCACUGGUGCCGGAUGAAGCGAUUUCGUGCCCACGAACCAGCGACAAUAAAUUGUCGCUUUUUGCCGACAAACUUGUCGAAAUGAUGAAAAAAUUUGAGAAUAGCAUGCUCGACACAAUACGAAUGGAUAAUUCGUUUGAUGUUGAUAGUGCCCUUCAAACCGAUCAGCAGAACUCGCAGGCGACAUCGUUUGCAUUGCCACCGUCUGAUAAAGAAAGUUGCGGGUAUCAAACAUGGGUGAUAAAAAAUAAAAAGUUUGUGGUUGAGAGAAGUUUCGAAAGCAACGAAACGAAGAUCAGAAUUGUCGAAAUUUUGGAUAUUCUUAACGCGUGCCAUCUUGCAAUUGUCCACAAUUAUAAUUUGAACUCUCAAAUUGGCUACAACUACUUGAAUCAGAUGUUCGAGGAAAAUAAAUGUUCAAUGACGCAAAGCACGAUUCGUAUUUGGGAAGGUGAGUACCAACAUCGAUUGAUUCCUUAUUUGACGACGGAGAAUGAGAUAAUUACAAAAAUCGAGGAAUUGCUCAAAGAGCAGCAUGAGAGGAACCCCGACUUUCGCGCGAUCAUUUUCGUCAAAACGCGAUACAGUGCGAGACAGCUGUCGGAGGUGUUGAAUUCGAUGAAUUCGUUGACGGAGAAGGAGAUCAAGUCCGCGUUUAUAUCAGGAAUUAACAAAACUGGAGAUGACCACUCGAUAACACAAACCAGUCAACGAGACAAAUUAACACAAUUUGCUGAUGGAACUCUUCGCGUGCUUGUUGCCACGUCGGUUGCCGAAGAAGGACUUGAUGUCGCCAAAUGUAAUUUGGUUAUUAAGUACAAUUAUGCGACGAAUGAGAUUGCUCAUGUGCAGAGAAGAGGUCGUGGACGUGCUGCUGGCUCGCGGUGCAUUUUAAUCACUAACAACAUGAAAUUGAUCGAGCAGGAGCAUUCGAAUCGAAGCAAGGAAGCGCUGAUGAAUGAAGCGAUCGACAUGAUAUUGUCAUCAUCGGAGUUUGGAAAGAAGGUGACGCAAAAAACGGCGCAAGUGUGGCGAGACAUUCAGAAGGAGCAGUUGGAGAAUGAAAAGGUGGUCCAGAUGCAGAAAAACUCGAAUGUUCAAUAUUCGAUUCUGUGCCGGAAGUGCGAUGUGAAAUUGGCGUCGAGUCAGGAUAUUAAAUCGAGACGAACUCAGUAUUUUGUGUGUGAUCCCGAGAUUUGGAAGAAGAUUCAAUGCCGCGCUUUCAGUGGUGAAGAAUUAAAGUUGGCCUCGAAGUAUCACGGUAAAGGGAAGAUUUACUGUAAUAGCUCGAAUUGUGGAGCACUUCUUGGGAGAUUGAUUGAAGUGAACUCGAUCAAUUUGCCAUGCCUUGCAGCGGAUUCGAUCCUUCUUCAGUAUGGAGAAUUAGGAAACCUGACGAAGAGAAUUGCCAAGAAAUGGAAAGAUAUUAUUGAGAAGUAUUUCAUGCCUGUUGAGAUGCGUGCCUUGGAUUUGCAAAACAUGCGAAUAGCGGCGAUUAAUGCACGAUAUGACGUGCAAAUGCCUGAAUAG